AUGAAGCGCGACGGCGACCCCAAGAUGAUCGGUCUCUGGAAGGUGGGGCGAACCAUUGGAAAGGGCAGUUCAGCAGGUCGAGUGCGCCUCGCGCGACACAGCAAGACGGGUCAGUACGCCGCAGUGAAGAUCGUCUCCAAGACCGCGCUCCUCAACUCCCGCAUGUCCCUCCACGACCUGGGCGAGGAGGCGGACCGCAUCCUACAUAGCAUCGAACGCGAGAUCGUGAUAAUGAAGCUCAUAGAGCACCCCAACAUCAUGCGUCUCUACGACGUCUGGGAGACCUCGACCGAGCUCUACCUCAUCCUUGAGUAUGUCGAGGGCGGCGAGCUCUUCGAGUACCUUUGCGACAAGGGCCGCCUCUCGGCGCCCGAGGCCAUCGGAUACUUCCAACAGAUCAUCAUGGCCAUCGACUACUGCCACCGCUUCAAUAUCGCGCACCGCGACCUAAAGCCGGAGAAUCUCCUCCUCGAUCGCCACAAGAAUAUCAAGGUCGCCGACUUCGGCAUGGCUGUCUGGCAGGGCGCAGGCAACAUGCUCAAUACCGCUUGUGGCAGCCCACACUACGCUGCACCCGAGGUCAUUAAGGGGGAGGCGUACGAUGGGACCGCGGCGGACAUUUGGUCAUGUGGCGUCAUCCUCUAUGCUCUUCUCGUUGGGCGCCUCCCGUUCGACGACGAAGACCUCCCCGUGCUCCUGGAGAAGGUCAAGGCCGGCAGAUUCACCAUCCCGAACGACGUCGACGCUCGCGCGCAUAACCUCAUCCGGCGGAUGCUCGAGAAGGACGUCAACAGGCGCAUCACGAUUCCCGAGAUCCUCCGCCACCCGUUCUAUAAGAGCCAAAAGCCGAAGCCGAUGAAUUGUGAUGUCCCAAAGCUCGAUGAGAUCGCACGCCCUCUGACCAGCAAGGACGAGAUCGACCGUGACAUCUUCGCGAACCUGCGCACACUGUGGCCGGGUGCAAAGGACGAGCAGAUACAAGCGCGCCUGAUGGACGGAAAGCCGUCUUGGGAGAAAGGGGUGUACCAGCUGCUAGUCCAGUACCGCGCGAAGCACUCGGAGGACUAUGACGAAGAUCAGGAGAGGGCGCUUGUGGAAAAGCGGGAGAAGAGACGCAAAGCCAAGCAGGAUGCGGAGGCCCGGGAGCGGGAUCAGCUGUUCGCAGAGCUUCCUCCAAGAGCGGGACCACCGACGCCGACGCGCGCUCGGACGGGAAUCGCUCGCAGGUCCCCUUCCCCGUCGCCAACGAGGGCACCUAGUAGGAUGCAUAAGGUCUCCUUCCUUUCCUUGAUGGAUGGUAGUCUGCCGCCCUUGACGUCUACGCCCGCCGCGACCGGCGCGCCCUCACCUGAUCCGCCUUCUCUACAAUCUCCUCGUCCCCAGUCCCAGCUUCCUCCGAUAGAAGUUCCGCAGGUAGAAGACCAGCGAGUCCAAGAGUUCCUGAACCAGAUCGCGCAGCAGCUCGUCACAAUCCAGGCCAGCAACAUGCCGAUACGCGACCAGGGAAACUAUGACCAUGUCUUCUCUCCGCUCAUGGCUAGUCUCGCGCCCCUCACCCCGAUGAGGCAGUUCGGGGACCAAAUCAAGGCGUCGACCAACGGCCAGGAUCCGUUCCUCCUGGGAGAGGAGCCCAAGCAGACGAGGCCGCUGAGCAUUCGCCGACGCAAUGAGCCAGACGCAGACAAGGAGAACGCUUCUAUCAAGCCACGCCCCACAUUGAAGGUGGACACCGGGGCAUCAGAGAACCGCCCCAGUCUUCUCGAGCCGCCUGAUGAUAGAGGGCGCUUGAAGAAGCGUCGCAGCCCGAUGCUCUCGCCGGCGUCGCCGGCUUCCGCGUUCUCUGAGGGGUCCUUCGUCCUACCGUCGACGCCCAAGAGGAAGUGGCUCGGGGCACUGUUCCGCUUCAAGCCGGCGAGCUACCAGCUGCUCUCGACGAAGGACGCGGAGCACACGCACGCGACGUGCAGGAAGCUCCUCGAGGACAUGGGCGUGGUCGUGUCGGGGGCGCACUACGUCUCUGGCUCGGAUGCGCUCACGCUGGAGUGCACGCUUGCCGAUUCGCGCGAGCGUGACGAGGACGGCGUGCUGGCGGCGGUGAAAAGCGUGCGUUUCCGCGUGGAGAUCGGACGACCGAGCCCUGUGCACGAGCUUGCUGGGUUCACGGUCGUCGUGCAGCUGGCGUUGGAGAAGGGGGCGGCGAGCAGCUUGAAGCUGCUCUAUGGGAGGCUGAGGAGGGACUGGAACUUGGACAGUGCACCGGUUGCAUGUGAGAGCUUGUCAACGAGGGAGCUGGAGGGCGGAAGGUUUUUAGAGGUCGUAUUUUCUCAUUGA